GGUUGGAAUACCGGCAAUAUAAAUACAUGUUCUGGAAGAUUCGUCCGCUCUCACUGCAGCAACGAGGUAAGGCAGGCACCGCCUCAGGACAAUUCCAGUUUUCAUCGGCCUCUGAUAAAGUAAUCUUGGCACAAUGUCUAAAGGACCAGCCGUUGGCAUUGAUCUGGGGACCACCUACUCCUGUGUUGGAGUCUUCCAGCAUGGCAAAGUUGAAAUUAUUGCCAAUGACCAAGGAAACAGGACCACGCCAAGCUAUGUGGCUUUCACCGACACCGAAAGGCUGAUUGGUGAUGCAGCCAAAAACCAGGUUGCCAUGAACCCCACCAACACCAUCUUUGAUGCCAAAAGGUUGAUUGGCCGGAGGUUUGAUGAUGGAAUUGUGCAAUCCGACAUGAAGCACUGGCCAUUUACAGUAAUCAAUGACAACAGCCGUCCCAAAGUUCAGGUUGAAUACAAAGGAGAGACCAAGUCGUUCUACCCUGAAGAGAUUUCAUCCAUGGUGCUCAUCAAAAUGAAGGAAAUUGCUGAGGCCUAUCUUGGAAAGAUCGUCACAAAUGCUGUGAUCACAGUGCCUGCCUACUUCAAUGACUCUCAGCGUCAGGCCACUAAGGAUGCAGGGACCAUCUCUGGCCUGAAUGUUCUGCGCAUCAUCAAUGAGCCAACUGCUGCUGCCAUCGCCUAUGGUCUAGACAAAAAGGUUGGUGCUGAGAGGAAUGUCCUCAUCUUUGAUCUUGGUGGUGGCACCUUCGACGUGUCCAUCCUGACCAUUGAAGAUGGUAUCUUUGAGGUCAAAUCCACUGCAGGUGACACUCACUUGGGUGGUGAAGACUUCGACAACCGCAUGGUGAACCACUUCAUUACAGAAUUCAAGCGCAAGCACAAGAAGGACAUCAGCGACAACAAGAGAGCCGUUCGUCGUCUGCGCACUGCCUGCGAGCGGGCCAAGCGUACCCUGUCCUCCAGCACUCAGGCCAGCAUUGAGAUCGACUCCCUUUAUGAGGGAAUUGAUUUCUACACCUCAAUCACCAGGGCUCGCUUUGAGGAGCUCAACGCUGAUCUGUUCCGUGGCACCUUGGACCCAGUGGAGAAAUCGCUUCGUGAUGCUAAAAUGGACAAAGCUCAGAUCCAUGACAUCGUCCUUGUUGGUGGUUCUACUCGUAUCCCCAAGAUCCAGAAGCUCCUCCAAGACUUCUUCAAUGGCAAAGAACUAAAUAAGAGCAUCAACCCUGAUGAGGCUGUGGCUUAUGGAGCAGCUGUCCAGGCUGCCAUCCUCUCUGGUGACAAGUCUGAAAAUGUUCAGGACCUGCUGCUGCUGGAUGUCACCCCUCUGUCUCUUGGAAUUGAGACAGCUGGUGGAGUCAUGACAGCUCUGAUCAAGCGCAACACCACCAUUCCUACCAAGCAGACCCAGACUUUCACCACCUACUCCGACAACCAGCCUGGUGUGCUGAUUCAGGUGUACGAGGGUGAGCGUGCCAUGACCAAAGAUAACAACCUGCUGGGCAAGUUUGAGCUGACUGGAAUUCCCCCUGCUCCCCGUGGUGUUCCCCAGAUUGAGGUCACCUUUGACAUUGAUGCUAACGGCAUCAUGAAUGUCUCUGCUGCUGACAAGAGCACCGGCAAGGAGAACAAGAUCACCAUCACCAAUGACAAGGGUCGCCUCAGCAAGGAGGAUAUUGAGCGCAUGGUGCAGGAGGCUGAGAAGUACAAAGCGGAGGAUGACGUUCAGCGCGACAAGGUUUCUGCUAAGAACGGCCUGGAGUCCUAUGCCUUCAACAUGAAGUCCACCGUCGAGGAUGAGAAGCUGAAGGGCAAGAUCAGUGAUGAGGACAAGCAGAAGAUUCUGGACAAAUGCAAUGAAGUUAUCAGCUGGCUCGACAAGAAUCAGACUGCUGAGAAAGACGAGUUUGAGCACCAGCAAAAGGAGCUGGAGAAGGUCUGCAACCCAAUCAUCACCAAACUGUAUCAGAGUGCUGGAGGCAUGCCAGGUGGAAUGCCUGAAGGAAUGCCCGGUGGCUUCCCGGGAGCCGGAGCUGCACCAGGUGGUGGAUCUUCUGGACCAACCAUCGAGGAGGUCGAUUAAGCCUUUCCGAACCCACUCUACCUCCACAGCAAUGUUUACUGUUCUUACCCUCUGUAACAGGAUUCUUCUAAAACUUAUGGUUAAGGUGUUGGUGGGUUUUAGCUGAGAUUCUGCUGCAGAGUGCCUGCAGAAAAAAAGGGAUUAAGGGAUCACUUCCACACCAGGGAACAGAUUUUUCUACUUGAAUGUUGCAUAGUUUUAUUUAUCAACUGCUAGGGAACAAGUUUAAUAAGCCUUUUUGCAACUGCCUUGUUUCUCGCCUUGAAGUAAAACAUGAAUAAAGUGGUGACUUCUUCCCAUCA